AUGCCGUUAUUUCAAGUGGACGGCUGGGAUUUGAAGGAGAAGAAUAUCAAGGUCGGAGGAAACUCUACCAAGACUUCCAAAAGAGAAAAAAAGAGGGCAAGAUUAGAAGAUAGAAAGAUUGCUCGCGAAGCUGAAUCAGCUGAGUCCGAUGAGGUUGGAGUAGCAAAACCCGAUGGCGAAGCAGAAGAAGUACCUGUUAAAAGAGCCAAGACUGAAAGUCUGCUUAAAAAGGACAAGAAAGGAAAAAAGGAGGAUACUGUAGCAAAGAAAAUUCAACCAAAGGUGCAAAAGGAAGAAAAGGACAAAGCACAGAACGAGCUAGAGGCUGCUCCCGCCCAGAGUAGCUUUGGAGGUGCUGGCGGCCGUAAAUUAACACCACUUCAACAAAAAAUGUUGAAUAAGCUCUCUGGCUCUAGAUUUAGGUGGAUCAAUGAACAGCUCUAUACUAUUUCUUCAGAAAAUGCUCUUUCUCUUAUCAAAGAUCAACCUGCUCUUUUCGAUGAGUACCAUGAAGGAUUUAGAUCUCAAGUGCAGUCAUGGCCAGAGAAUCCGGUAGACGUGUUUGUAGAUCAAAUUAAGUCAAGGGCUACCACUAGAGUCAUUAAUGCCCCAGGUGGAUUACCCGGGCUACCCAAUAAUAAAAAAGUAGUCAUUGCUGACAUGGGUUGUGGGGAAGCAAUGCUUUCAUUGCAAGUUUCGCAAUUUCUUUCCAAGCAUAACAAGAAGUCUAACCCAAAGAAAAGACUUGAUAUUCAGGUUCAUAGUUUUGACUUGAAGAAGGUCAACCCUAGAAUUACUGUUGCAGACAUUAAGAACGUGCCCUUGCCAGAUAACUCGUGCACAGUGGUUAUAUUCUGUCUUGCGCUUAUGGGAACGAACUUCUUGGAUUUCAUAAAAGAAGCUUAUAGGAUUUUAGCUCCUCGUGGUGAAUUGUGGAUUGCAGAAAUAAAAUCAAGAUUUACAGAAAAGGUUUCCAUCGGUGGCCAUGGCCAAGCCUUGGAAGCGGGCACAGAAUUCGUUGAAGCUUUGAAAUUAAGUGGGUUUUUCCAUAAAAAGACAGACAAUGACAAUAAGAUGUUUACUAGGUUUGAAUUUUUCAAACCACCUCCAGAUAUCUUGCAAGAGCGUAAAGAAAAAUUAGAGAGACAGAGGAAGUUCAUUGAAGUCGAGCUGGAAAAGGAACAGCUUCAAUUAAGAAGAGAAAAGCAACCGGAAGGGGAAUGGUUAUUGAAACCAUGUAUAUACAAAAGAAGGUAG